UGCCGCGCGGUAUAGAUCGUUAGUUAUUGUCUCGCGUACGGAGCGUGCAACGAGUGCGUGGCACCCACCUUCGUGCGUCCGUCCGUCCAUCUAUUCAUUCGCGGCGCCGUGGUUUGUGUCGUUCGCUCGACACUCUCAUCCUCGUGUGUCUUCCCGCAUUCUCGUUGCCGCUCCGGUUUUUCCCGAACAAUCCUUCGUCGAGCGAACGCGCGCGCGCUCCUUUUUACCGUCACCAUUUAUGAAUCGCGGGCGAAUCGAUAGCGCGAGCGAUAAUCGUUUUUGUGCGCGCGGCGAGUCUGUGUUUCGUGAGAAGUGAUCGACCUCCCGGUCGCGGUUUCCCUUCGGGAACGAGAACGCAUUCGUCGACGCCAUAGCGUGAGUUUGACGUUUUCAAGUGAUGCUGGUUGUUUGGCAAGGAGCUCGCCGUUGCCUGAGUUGCAGCGGGCAGCGCACUAAUCAGGGUCGCCAAUUCCAUCAAAAGUCGCAUCAUCAUCGCGAGCCGAUCAGCGAAAAGCUCGACCGGUAUCAUCUCGUUAGAGCCAGCUGCACAUCUUUGCACCUGUUUGCGUGUGUGCGUCAAGGUUGGGGACAAAACGGAAAGAAAUCCAAGAUUACGGGGAGAUGCGGCCUCGCUGUUGGAGCUGAGACCGUCCCGUCGGCUGCGAAAGUUCGUGGACCCGCAUCCGAAAUCGAUCACGAAAAAGUAAGGAUCACUCGCGUCAGGAUCAUCAUCCGCGCGCUCCAUCACCCUCGUAUCCCUCGCUCGAAAAAGCGAAGCACGAGAGAUACUGUCGAGAAUCUAGCCGGGUCUAAGCAAAAAAAGAAAAAAAAAAGAAACGGAAAAAUCGAACAACAAAGGAACAAAACGGGGGAGAAACGUUUAGCGAAGAAAGCAGAGCCACUAGAUCAAGAGUGAAAGAGGAGGAGAGAGAAGGAAAAGCGAGAGAAAAGUUAAAAAAAAAUAGAAAACACAUAUAUAUGUAUCGCGCAUAUCGUAACGUCGAGGAGACGGCUUUUCGGUUCUUUCGAUAGAAAGCAAGGAGGGAAAGUCGGAGAGAGAGACCGUUAAAAUCUGACUUUCGGUACACGCGUUGUUGGUUUUUUUUUCCUCGUUUUCAUUUCGCGCCAUUUUUCCGUAAAACCUCAAGAGAAAGAGUGAUGCGCCCGUGCUUCUCCGCGCGUGCUUGUGUAACGUAAAACCGGAUCGCGAUAUAUUCGGCCGACACGGCAGUAAUAAACAGAAAGGAAAAAAAA